AUGAACAGCCAGUCGCAGACGGUAGACACAUUCAUCAAAAAAGUGUUUGCGUUUCUGGACGAGAAGGACUCGCAACAGCUUGCACCCUUUCUGCAGUGCUUUGAACCUACCAGCAGCAAGAUCAUUGUGAAUGCGAACCCUUUUGCGCAGCCAGCGGUGUUUCUGGAGACCUGGCAGCGUGCUGUAGUGCAAACGCAGCAUGUUUUGACGGGGCUGGACUACCAUGUCAUUCCUGGCACCGGCACCACGGUGUGCAGUGUGAACGGCAAAGUACGAUUCGACGAAAGUGGACGCGACAAACAAGGCCAGGACGCAACGGCACCUGAACUCGGGGCCGUGGCUGGCGCAGGAGCGGGUCCCAGAGCACCCGCGGCCAAACCACGCCCGCUGUGGGGUCCAUAUUUCGGGUUGUCGUUACAGAUCAUUUUGGACGACAGAGUGCUUAACGGCGACCACAACUGCGUGAUAUACAGUUUCAACUACACCAUGGUGUACAAGCCGGACGACUCGCUGAUGUCUGUGUGA